UCCUACACACGUAAUAUACCAGCUAUGCUUUAAAUAACGCUUCGAAAACCCGAUAUGGACUCGAAAAUCUAACACGGAGGUGCCGCCUUGUCAUGAGACCGAGGCUUAUGUAACAUUUUUGUCCGUGAAUUUAACCAAACUGUGCAUUGAUAACAAUUGUUUACACAGGUCAGGAGGAUAAAGUAACACGUCCAGGAUGCUCCGACGCUGCUCGAGCCACCUGCAGAGCCUGUACCGGCGGCAGCCGGCGCGGCUCCGCUCCACCAGGGCCCUAGCCCUGCCCCGGGCCACCGUGGUCGCUACUAAGCAGGCUCUCCCCCUAGUGUCCCACACGCAAGUGGCGCCCAUCCACUUCACCACCCCCCUCUGGGAGACGCAGGACGUCAUGACGCCCAGUUUCCCCGACUCAGUCUCCGAGGGCGACGUCAAACUCGACAAGAAAGUCGGUGACGCUGUCGCCGCCGACGAGGUCGUGUUAGAAAUCGAGACGGACAAGACAGCUAUACCUGUCAUGGCGCCCGCUCAUGGGAUUAUUAAAGAGCUGUAUGUUAAAGAUGGUGAGACGGUGAAAGCUGGACAGAAGCUGUUCAAACUUGAGAUUACUGAUGCCGCGCCCGCUAAAGCUGCCCCUACACCGGCCGCGGAACCGCCUAAAGCUGCCGCUCCACCGCCGCCGCCACCCCCCACUCCUGCUGCCGCCCCCCCACCACCACCACCAGCUGCAGCAGCUCCGCCGCCCCCUAAACCCGCCACCCCUCCACCAGCAGCCCCUAUCUCCUCCAUCCCGGUUGCAGCUAUCCGUCACGCGCAGGCGAUUGAAACCGCCUCCGUCAAAGUACCACCAGCUGACUACAGCAAGGAGAUCGCUGGCACGCGCUCGGAGCAGCGUGUUAAGAUGAACCGGAUGAGGCAGCGUAUCGCUCAGCGUUUGAAAGAAGCUCAAAACACCAACGCUAUGCUUACAACCUUUAACGAACUCGAUAUGUCUGGUAUAAUGGCCUUCAGAAAGAAGAACUUGGACGCUUUCACUAAGAAGCACGGAGUUAAACUUGGUUUGAUGUCGCCUUUCGUUAAGGCCGCUGCGAACGCGCUGAUGGACCAACCUGUAGUCAACGCUGUUAUCGAAGGCAAUGAGAUUAUCUACCGCGACUACGUUGAUAUCUCCGUGGCUGUCGCUACUCCUAAAGGCCUGGUUGUACCUGUGUUAAGAAACGUCCAGAACAUGACUUAUGCUGAUAUCGAGUUGACCGUAGCAGGCUUAGCGGAAAAGGCCAGAGACGGAAAGUUGACUGUAGAAGAGAUGGAUGGAGGUACUUUCACUAUCAGCAAUGGAGGAGUCUUCGGGUCUCUAAUGGGUACACCGAUCAUCAACCCGCCUCAGUCGGCCAUCUUGGGUAUGCAUGGAAUCUUCGAACGCCCCAUCGCUGUGAACGGACAAGUAGUCAUCAGACCGAUGAUGUACAUCGCUCUUACGUACGACCACAGACUAAUUGACGGACGUGAAGCGGUUAUGUUCCUCAGAAAAAUCAAACAAGGAGUCGAGGACCCGACCAGCAUUAUCGCUGGCUUGUAAAUACUGGCCAGUUGUGAUUGAGUUACCAGCAUAGACUCGGCUAUUUUUUUUUGGCAAAGGAACUUAACUUGCCAGCCAAGUGGUGUUUACUUUUGUCAUUUGACACUGCCAAGUUGUCAGUAAUUUUUAUAACCUAAUUUUCUAUUUUUUUUUCAAAUCAAAAAUCGUUAUAUUGUUUGUGAAUGUUGUUUAUUUGUGUUGAUAUUUUGUAUGGGUAAAUCCAUUUUUUAAACGGGUAAAAGACAAGGCUGGGUCUAUGUACCAUCAAUGCUGGCAAUAAGAGAAGAUCAUGUAAAUUAUGUUUAGUAGUACUCAAACUGGCACGUUGUGUGUAUUUAUUUUACGUACGCUCGGCCGUAUGUGAUUGUAUUAUUUAUCAUGUUUUAAGUAAUAAUAUACGAAGCAGUACAUUUCUCCUAUGUGA